AUGGUCUAUUUCCCUGGCACUGAAUACCGCACGCAUACUAGUUGUAUGACAGAAGACCAGAAGUAUCAAGGCGCAUUGUAUAAGCCAAAGAAACAAAAGUCGAAUCACACGGAAUUGCAAGCUUCGGCACCGGAACCUGAACCGAACAUGAUGCAACACGCCUAUGUCGAGGAUGUCACCGAGGGUUACGAGGCAUAUCGCGAGUAUGAGAUCCACUCCGACGAUGACGAUAAUAAGUCCACAGGCGACAUGCCGCCUGAAGCGCCAACUCCCCCACCAGCAGUCGACAAUGUAAACGUAUUCGACUUCUACAUUGGCGAAGCCACUCCGAACGCAUCCAACUUUAAUCUCCAGUCUCGAAGCAACUCGGUACAGAUGAGCGAGAGCACGCAGAUUGUCCGAUACGACGAAGACGCCAAUGGGUACGUCGACCAGUCGGGCUAUAUGGUGGAUGAUGAGGACUUGGUUCACUAUGGUACCGGCCCAGUUCCUCAAGCCAUCCACUUCGAGACACCUGCGCCAAAAGAGCGAAGCCGGACCAAGAGUGGUGAGGUUAAGCAAAAGGAUAAGAAGAGGAAGCUAUUGCACGUUGAGACGAACAGCGCUUCAUCGAUUGACCAUGGGCUAGGCGACGAAAUCAUGACUGAUGCGCCCCCUGAACUACAUUCGGGUCUCACUGGCGGACUCAACCGCAUGAUGAGACCAUCACAGUUUCCUCCCUCACCCGAUUAUUCUGGAGAUGCCGGUGACAACUCCCCAGUAAGCCCCAUCAAGAAGUCCAAGCAUGCAAAGCCAUCCAAGCCCAGUCGGAAAGAGUCGUUUGGAAACAACCUGAAGGCUCUCAUAUCAGGGUCGUCAAAGACGUCAACGAAAGUCUCAAAAAAGAGAAAACACUCGACAGAAAGAAAGGAGACGAAGCGCCGACACCACAAGUCCGACGCCGAAAAGGAACCAAAACUCAUCGAAUUUCGCCCCCAGUCGGCUGAUAAGGAUGCUGAAGGUCAGAUGAUCCUCUUCAAGCCCAGGUCGGAGCUAUUCCUCAGCAUGUGUACAAAAGGCCCGGAGAGUGAGCGAGGAUACAGCAUGAACAAGGCACUGAAGCGAUUCCACCGAGAGCGAACGUCGACCGGUAAUAGCCUCGGCAAGGGCACGGAAGAGAAAGAGCUUUGGCGAUCUCUACGUAUGCGGCGCAAUGAUCGUGGUGAGAUUGUCUUGUUCUCCAUCUGA